CAAACCCAGCUGAUAAUUUCUGCCCGAAGUGGGAGGAAACACGGAUUGCUUUCCACUGCUGUGUACAUGGGUGAGGAUCUUAUUAUAAAGAGGAAAAUGGCAGCAGUUAUAGGAAAUCCAGGAAGUUCCCAACCCAUCCUAUUCCCCGCUCGUGUACCCCCUGAAGUCCAAACACUAACGAAAGCAGCCAAUAAGAUGGACAAACCAUUGUUUCGCAAGAUGAUCAAAUUGGCACUGGGGUAUCUCCAGGGAACUCUAACCCCAGAAGAAUGUGAGGCAAGCAUGCAACAGUUGUGUGAAUCCAGUAGCCCUUCAGUAAAUGAAGAAACUGUAAUGAAUGUAAGCAUACAGUAUGCAGGUGUUAUUACAUUACUAAGGACAGCUCUGAGGAUAAAUACAGUAACAACUCGACAAGACAUGCUGGCUGUGGAUCUUAAAAAUCUGGGGUUGCCAGAGGAAUUUGCUUCAGAUGUCUGUAAGGUUGUGUAUGGUCCUGCUCGUCCAGAUAUCGACUCCCAGCUGAUUGCUGCUUCCCCAUCACUUCCACAUUUGAGUAAUCUUGAGUGGAGAGUAGAAGUCACAAUUUCUACGAGCUGGUUGUCUCGUGUACUGGAGCCUGUUGUUAUGAUGAGGAUAAGCACAAGUGAUGGAGCUCUGCACACAUUUCAAGUUCCCCUCUCAAAAUUUCAUCAACUUAGGUUUACUGUUGCCAAUCUUCUACGGCAGAUGGAGGCUCUAAAAGAAUCGCCCCUCUGUAAAAAGUAGUUUCCCAAUUAUGAUUGCGUUGCUCGGAAUAUCCUUUGUUUAUUGCCAGGUUAAUUGAUUUCCUCUUUAAGUCUCAGUCUUUAUGGGUUAAAUAAAUAUGUAUAUUUAUAAAGAUCAAUUUUACUAUGCAUUCCAAAAACUGCCAAAAAAAUAAGUUUUGUAAUUUUUGAUAGGAGCUGAAUUCCAUUAUAAAGAAUAGAUUAUCUUUAAUUCCAAACAUUGAAAUACUAGUCAGUCCAUAAUGCCACAUUAUUAUUAUGGAUUUGAUCAUUAUUUGCAUACAUUACCUUGUAUUUACAUGUACAUACACUGCAUACAUUGUCUAAAUUAUUGUUCUGUAUAUAAAAAGUAUAUUAAUAUAAUGAUAUAUCUACUGAAAAUUGUUGCUACUCAAAUUGUAAGAAUAAAAGAGCUUUUUUUAAAUUUGUUUGAAUGGUGGUCGGAAUAGGUCAAUGCCAUGUUAUAUAUUUGUUCCUAAAAAGCCUUUUGACAAAUAUUGUAAUUGGUAAAUACAAAAUUCAAUCAGUUAAUAUUACAAAAAAUAAAUAUUGUUGAUUUAUCAUCUCAAGAAUAAACCAAAGGCCUAUAUAAACAUAUUUGUACUUAGUAAGCUUAACCCCUUGGCAACGGGUGUAGAAAACUAAAAAAAACUCUUCGCUCUGGCGAUCAAUGGCAACACGCCGACUUUGAGUGAGGGAGUUCGGUACAUCAAGCCGAAUCACCGCCUCGGA